AGAAAGCUAAGAAUACAAGAACGAAAAGUAGAAAAACUGUUCAAGAGAAGAAGCAAAGAAAAUCUCGUCUUUGGGGGUUCUGAGAAAACGAUGGAUAGGCUUGAUGGUCCACCACGCCUCUUACUAGUCACUGAUCUUGAUUGCACUUUGGUUGAUCACGAUGACCCUGAGAACACCGAUCUGCUUAGAUUCAACGCGCUGUGGGAAGCUCAUUACCGCCAUGAUUCGCUCCUUGUUUACUGCACCGGAAGGUCUAUGCGUUCUUACUUGAGUUUAAGGAACAAGAAGCCACUGUUGACUCCGGACAUCGCCAUAACCUCUGUCGGUUCUGAGAUUGCGCACGGCGGAGAAUCUAUGGUGUCGGAUGAUGUCUGGGAGGCUCGUUUGGGUGAAAUGUGGAGCAGAGAGAUUGUUCUCGAGGAAACUUCUAAGUUCCCUCAACUUGAACCGCAGCCAGAUAAGAGCCAAGAGCAGCACAAAGUGAGUUUCUUUGUGGGAAGAGAACAUGCUUUGGAAAUAAUGAAGGUUCUUCCAGGGAGAUUAUUGGAGCGUGGGGUGGAUGUGAAGCUGGUCUAUAGCAACGACUAUGCUUUCGAUGUUUUACCAAAAGGAUCUGGCAAAGGAGGUGCGCUGACUUAUCUACUUGAAAAGCUGGAGAGUGAAGGGAAGCAGCCUACUAACAUACUUGUUUGUGGUGACUCUGGAAACGAUGCUGAGCUCUUCAAUGUUCCUCAAGCAUAUGGUGUAAUGGUUAGCAAUUCGCACAAAGAACUAUUGCAAUGGCAUGAAGAGAAUGCAAAGGAUAACCCAAAAAUAAUCCUUGCGUCCGAGAGAUGUGGAGCUGGGAUGAUAGAAGCCUUACAAGGGUUUAAUCUGGGACCAAGCGUCUCUCCAAGAGAUGGUUUGGAUACUGAGAACUUCCACGUGGAAGUUUUGGAUCCUGCUAAUGAGGUGGUUCAGUUUUAUUUGCUUUACGAGAAAUGGCGAUGUGGAGAGGUGGAGAAGUCUGAUAAGUACUUGGAGAACUUGAAAUCGCUCUCUAGUCCACUUGGUAUGUUUGUUCAUCCGUCUGGAGUUGAGAAGCCUAUACACGAGUGGAUAGAUGAUUUGGUUAAUUUACAUGGGGAAGGGAAGGAAGAGAAGUUUCGCAUUUGGUUGGAUAGAGUUUCGACUUCUCUUAUCAGCCCAGAAACAUGGAUUGUAAAAUUUGACAAGCAUGAGUUAUCUGAUGGAAAAGUGCGGUCGUGUUCGACAAGAGUCUUGCUAAGUUGUCAGGAGGAAAAGGAAAAGCUGACGUGGAUGCACAUCCAACAAUCAUGGUUAGAUGGUUCCUGUUCAGAUGAUCAAGACAAAUGGAUAUUCUGAAACUGGACUGACAUAUUAAGCUGAUACUUCACCUGUUUGGGACAAGAACUAACCAGAAGAGCACAGUGUCUGUGUGUUGUGUUAUGUAUUGGCCUUCACUGAUACUCUUUUUACAUAUCUUGAAAAGUAAUAAAUAAGGGAAGAUUGUACCUGAACUGGUCUGUAUUUGAUCAUAAUUGGUUUGUCUAUGACCUUUUGGGGGCAGGGAGGGUUUUUGGGGUCUCUACAACAAAACCCUACAUUUAUUUAUUUAUUUCAUGUAAUCUGCUAACACUUGAUUUGCUUCAUUGUUCGUGUGUUGAUAGUUGUCUUAAUGACACUGAUUAAGAAGGGAUUUGUGUAUGAUUUUUGGUUUGCAGGGAUUGUUUUGUACCACAACAACAACAUUUUGUAUA